AUGUCGGCUCAGGACAGCUGCCUCAGCCUCGUCAAGUACUUCCUCUUCGUUUUCAACCUCUUCUUCUUUGUCCUAGGCAGCCUUAUCUUCUGCUUUGGCAUCUGGAUUCUCGUCGACAAGACCAGCUUCGUGUCCUUUGUUGGUUUGUCCUUUAUAUCCUUGCAAAUAUGGUCCAAGGUCCUGGCCAUCUCAGGAAUCCUCACCAUGGGCCUCGCCCUCUUAGGCUGUGUGGGGGCCCUCAAGGAGAUCCGUUGCCUUCUUGGUUUGUAUUUUGGGAUGCUGCUACUCCUGUUUGCCACGCAGAUCACCCUGGGAAUCCUCAUCUCCACGCAGAGGACCCUGCUGGAGCGGAAGGUGCAGGAAAUGGUGCUGGAAACGAUCCAAAACUACCGCGUCAAUCCGGAGGAGACCGCAGCUGAGGAGAGCUGGGACUACGUGCAGUUCCAGCUGCGUUGCUGUGGUUGGAAUUCUCCGAAGGACUGGUUCCAGGUCCCCAGCCUGAAAAGCAACGUGUCGAAGGAAUUACUCCUUCCCUGUUCCUGCUCUAACUCGUCGACCAACGACUCCGCAUUUUUCGAUAAAAUCUUCCCCCAACCGCUGGUGCGACCUAGACGCAAUACGGAUAUCUGCGUAGUGCCAGAGAGCACACAUAUCUACAACGAGGGCUGCAAGCGGAGCCUCCAGAAAUGGCUACACAACAACCUCAUCUCCAUAGUGGGCAUUUGUCUGGGCGUCGGUCUACUAGAGCUCGCCUUCAUGACGCUCUCGAUAUUCCUGUGCAGGAACUUGGACCAUGUCUACAACCCGCUCAAACAAUACCGAUAG